AUGGACUUUUGGUUGCGGUGGACUGAACCUGAGUGGGCCCACCGGGGGCUCAGCAUAAGAUGUAACGGUCAGGGAUACAAGAACCUGAUUCUAACUUAUACAGUACAAGUGAAAACUUACCUGACACCUUAUAACAUAAAUGGUGUUGACGUAAAUACAACAUCGGGUGUAGUGAGGGGUCAGACACUCGUCGCACAAAAUAAAAGUAUUGACCAGUUUUUAAACAUACCAUACGCUGAGCCUCCAGUGGGAAGCCUACGGAUAUAAUCGAUGGCACAAAACAGGGAAACUCAUGCAUACAGAACCUAACGCC